ACAUAUAUAAUUUUUUUAUGAGAUUGGUUUUGGAGUUGAUUUUGGAGGUGAUCCAGUGAGGCGCAUUUGAACCAAUCAUGGUGUUUUUCCGACCAAAAGAGAAGGCAAUGAAUAAAUUAAUGAACUCAACCUAAAACACUAGGGAAAUAUAAAAACAGAAAAUAUAGAACACAAGACACAGACACAUGAUAAAAGUAAACAUAGAGAGAGAAAGAACAAAGGCUGUUUUCUAAGUUGUUUUUGUUGCAGUUGGCUGCCCAAGAACCGUGUCGUCGGGUCGGGUCGGGUCCAGAGAGAGUUAUUUGCCGUUUCAUUUUCUUUCUGAUCACGGUGCUGCGUUCAUUGAAGGAGAAACAAACAUGGGUUGGAUUCCCUGUUCUGGAUAUUCAGGCACUAAGAACAAGAUUGAUAAGAUGGAAGUUCAGGACAGUCUCGUUGGUCAGAUCAAAGCCACACCAGGAAAGUUGAAGAGAAAUACAUCCACAAAUUCAAAAGAUACAUCAAAAAAUGGGAACCCUGAUCACAUUGCAGCACAGACAUUCUCAUUUCGCGAGUUGGCAACUGCAACUAGAAAUUUUAGAGCUGAGUGUCUUCUGGGAGAGGGAGGCUUUGGUAGAGUGUACAAAGGGCGUCUGGAAAGUAUUAAUCAGGUUGUUGCCAUUAAGCAACUCGACCGAAAUGGGCUCCAAGGAAAUAGGGAAUUCCUUGUUGAAGUGCUGAUGUUAAGUCUACUUCAUCAUCCAAACCUUGUCAACCUUAUUGGUUAUUGUGCUGAUGGAGAUCAAAGGCUUCUAGUUUAUGAAUUUAUGCCGUUAGGAUCCCUGGAAGACCACUUGCAUGACAUUCCUCUUGGCAAGAAACGACUAGAGUGGAAUACACGAAUGAGAAUAGCUGCCGGUGCAGCCAAGGGAUUGGAAUAUCUACACGACAAAGCUAAUCCUCCUGUCAUCUACCGUGAUUUAAAGUGCUCUAACAUUUUGCUUGGUGAAGGGUAUCACCCAAAGUUAUCUGAUUUUGGUUUGGCUAAGCUUGGCCCAGUUGGGGAGAACACACAUGUAUCAACAAGAGUUAUGGGGACUUAUGGAUAUUGUGCUCCAGAGUAUGCCAUGACUGGUCAACUGACUCUGAAAUCAGAUGUUUAUAGCUUUGGUGUAGUUCUUCUGGAAAUAAUUACCGGAAGGAAAGCAAUUGACAAUUCAAAAUCUGCUGGAGAGCAGAAUCUUGUUGCAUGGGCUAGACCCUUGUUUAGGGAUAGAAGAAAGUUUUCUCAAAUGGCUGAUCCAACACUCCAAGGUCAAUAUCCUCCGAGAGGACUAUACCAAGCCCUUGCUGUUGCAGCAAUGUGUGUUCAGGAGCAGGCUAACAUGCGUCCAGUUAUAGCUGAUGUUGUAACGGCUUUGUCUUACCUUGCUUCACAAAAAUAUGAUCCCAAUACACACACAGUCCAAAACUCACGCCUUGCUCCGGGUACUCCUCCUAGAACCAGGAGGGGGCUAUGAUAUGCAGCUCAUGCUUGGUGGAUACAACAAAAUCUGGAGAAAUAUUCAAGUAUAUUAUUUAAUGGGCUUCUCAACUAUAAGGUAUAGGUUUAUAGAUGUUAAUAUCAGUUCUCCUUUGGUGGUGUUCUUUCAGUUCAUAGUACAGUUCCAAAAAUAGAACAUAAUUCUGGAAUUCUGUUCUAGUCCUGUACUCAAAACCGCUUCCAUUUAUUAUGUCUGGAGCUAAGAUAGUUGCUCCACCUUUUUCCUUUUGUCCAAAAUUUUAUUUAAGACAAAUUGCUGGACUCAUAA